ACGAUUGGGCAACCCUGCAACACAAACAGCUGCCAGCUGGUCGUCGUUCGUCUUGUAACAAACACAAAACUCAAGUAAAGAAGAUAUUUUCAUUAUUACAAAACGCAUUGGGAGCCCAAAUAAACUGUGCUAGAUCAUACAAAGUUGUUUUCAGAGUAAUAAAUCGAAAUAAAUCGUCAUUAAAGUAACGCACAAGCAUUCAGUUCAAAAUAUUGUAAGCAAUUGGUGGAAAAAAGGUGAUUGCGAAAUACGCAGCUAACAAAAACGAAUAAAUGCAUAUUGCUUUGGCCCCCCACUACAGCAACAACAACAACAAUAAUAAAGCGGACGAGCGCCAGUGUUGCACAACCUUCAGAGAAAUGAAUGCUGGCUGAUUCGCACAAACACAGACACGCACAUUUACUUAUAUCAGCUACUCGGUUAUUGUUUUGUGCUUAAAAUUAUAAUACAUAUUUCAUAUGUGUGUGCAUUUACAUUUGAAUGCAACGCAAUAAAGGAACAAGAAAUCAACGGCAGCUCCUCGUAUCAGUGCAGUCGAACGUCAACGCGUAUGGCGGAAGCAGCAGCAGCAUCAUCAGUAUAACAGUAAAUAACAAAGACGGCGGCGAUUUUUAUUGUUUGAGUCACAGAGAGUGAAGUACAAAUAACAAUCAGAACAAUCAGACUGAGAUUUCGAAUUAAAUCUAACACACACACACGCAUAGAGAGAUCCACUAGAAGCAGCGCAACUCGAAAUAUCAAAUGAAAUAUGUGUUGAGCUCUCUGCAAAAAACGUUGGAAAGUAUUACUAAUUCUUCUCUUCUGGGACGCACGGGAGAGCGUCGUUGCUGCCCAUCCAUCCAUCCGCCCAUCAUUAGAAACGAGGAUAGAUCGUGUCGCGAUGUCUUUCUCCGAUUUCGAUGCCAUCUAUGAGGACGAGCAGUUGGAUGAAUUGGAGCACUUUCAGGAUCAGACGGUGAUGCCAGUCCCGGAGCCGAUUAUCAUUCGAGGUGCUGGCAACAUGACCGUAUUUGGCCUUAGCAAUCGCUUCAACGUUGAAUUCCCCUGCGGCCUAUUAUCGCGCGUUGCGCCCGAGGAAUAUAAAGCGACCAUCGGUCGCAUCAAUGGCAUCUUGAAGAAGACCCUGCCCCUGAAUGUCAAGUGGCUCUUUUGCGGCUGUGUUUGUUGCUGCUGCACCCUCGGCUGCUCCCUCUGGCCCGUCAUCUGUCUAAGCAAGCGCACGCAAUUGACACUGGACAAGCUGUUGGAGUGGGAGAAUAGUCAUUUAUAUCAUAAACUGGGCGUACACUGGCGCCUGCAUAAGCAACAAUGUGAUUCCAAUUCCAUGAUGGAGUAUGUUAUAUUAAUUGAAUAUAUACCCAAGACGCCCAUCUAUCGGCCCGACUAGAGAUGGGGGCAUGCAGUGUGGAUCGUUGCUGUCGUUGGGUUAUCGAUAUUUAGGGGAUCGGUCGGGGUAUAUAUUCAGUGGGGGGGCCUAAUCGUAAUUGUAAAAUAAAACACUAGCAACUAAA